AUGCGUUUCCUUAAUAUCAUUAUCUCCAUUGUGGCCUUUGCUGCUUCGGCUCUAGCCCUCACCAUUACCCAGCCCCGGAGCAAUGAUCAGGUGGACCUUAGCAAGCCUUACACCGUCAAGUGGACCACUGUCGGGUCCGACCCAACCGAGUUCACUCUCAUGCUGGUCAACAUGAACAGCCAGCCUAAUGUCAGCAAGAACAUCGCCAAUGUGAAGACCUCGGCGAACCAAUACACCAUUGACAAAGUCACGGGGAUCCCGGUUGCUUUCGGCUACCAAUUCAAUGGCAUCUCCAACACCACGAUGAACACCGGAAUCCUGAGCCAGUCCCCGCAGUUCAAUGUGACUGAGGUUGGCAAGGUCGAGACAAGUAAGGAUAAUUCUAUUUUAUCAUCAUCAUCAUCAUCAUCAUCAUCAUCAUCAUCAUCAUCAUCAUCAAUAAUGCCAUCACCAUCACUGUCACCAUCAUCAUCACCAUCAUCAUCCAUUGUCACAAAGACAAGAACUACUUCCCGCCCCUGUAUCAACCACCACACAUCUUCACUAUCAUCUAGCACCAUUCCCUCCAGCUCCAGAGCACCGGCCUCUUCCAGUACUACCAGCGCCACCCAGACCGCAGCUGCCGCCACCUCCUCGUCCGCCGGAUCUCCCUCGAUCCCGCUUUCGAUUUCCGGCCCCAUUGCCGUUGUCGGCGCGCUCGCGAUACGCUCCCUCGCCGGAUUCCUGUAA